CCCCAUUUUUGUUCAAAGGGAUUCAGUUUGUUGUAUACCACUGUUACUAAUUACCUCCUUUCCUCUUUUCACACCUUUUAGUUAGCAGCUAGUUCACUAAUGUUGGUAGUAUUAGCUGUAACCAAUAAACCACUGUCAUUUCCUCUACUUUAAAAUGUCAUAUAAUUUAAAAUCUCACAAAACUGUGUCCUAUAUAUAGAAAAUAUAGACCUUUUAUCAAACUACGCAAGUACACACUUUAAACCAGAGAGCUGGUGAUAGUCACACCAUUGUCUCAUAUGCUCUACACUGGGCUGUAAAAGCUAGCAGAAAAUACAUCCUUAAAGAGUAUCAUAACAGAUUAUUUGAUAUUGGAAUGGACAGCUUCAGUGAAAAGAAGAGACGAACAUCAGCUGUGUAUCAACUGCAUGAGUACAAGUCAUUUUCCAUUCAUCUACAUGAAUGAAUUUUCUUUUGUGUCAAGAGCAUAAUGCAUCUGGCAUGCUGAGUUUUCCCAUGAAGAUAUCUUUCAUACUCAUUAUCCAUACCAUUUUAUUUUGUUCUUAUGUUGGCCCAUUAAACUAUGUUAGUUGUUAAUAUUGUUAUUUUUUUGUUACUUGAUUACACAGUGCAAGCCAUAGAUAGGCAAAGUUCUGGGAAAGAUGUAAAAGAGUCUAUCCAGUCACAGGCAAUAUCAGAAGUUCAUGUUGCUUCCCCUUUCGCAAAGAAGGAGACACAGGCUUAUAAAAAAGAAAUUAAAACAGUGCAAGAACCAUCGUACCAACUGGGUGUGCAGGUUUUGGAAACUCUAUCAGAAAGUUUAACCAUGAAAGCUACAUCAGUGAAAGAAACAGAAACCUUCCAUACAACAGUCCUUUCACAAACAUCACAAAGCACAAUGAAAGUAUCCGCUGCUGCUGUUCAGGAAAUGAGAGAGGCUUCCCCAAAUAUUCUCCUGAAACUCCGUGACCAAACUGUGAAAUUUGGCGAUACCGCACAGUUCAUUUGUGCUUUAGAAAGCGAACACUUUUUAGAGGUUCUGUGGACCCAUGAAGGUGAAAGGAUAAAAGAGUCCAAACGAGUGAAGCUAUCACAAAAUGGAACUGUCCUAUUACUCACAAUUAUAAAUGUCCAACUGUUAGAUCAAGGACUGUACAGAUGCACUGUGUACAAUGAUCAUGGAGAGACGACAACCGCUGCUGUACUAACAGUAGAAGCUAAAGAAGCACACGCCAAAGCAGUAACAAAAAUUACGCUUGACUCAGAUACUAAAAGCACUAAAACAGUCAAAGAGUCUCAGAUUCAAACAACCUCCGAAGUUAAGGAAGAGUCUUCAAAGGAAACAUCAAGCAUGUUAAUCACUUCAGCUCAAAGAUCACAAGGAACUGAAAAACAAAGGAACGGAGACUACUACCCUGAUGUCGUGCCAUGCGAAGAGAUCAUAGAAACUGGUGCCAAAGUACCAGUAUUUCUUGAAACUCUGCUCCCAGAAACUAUUGUAAAAGAAGGAGAUGAUGUGUCACUCUUUUGUGUAAUAAAGGGUGUGCCUACUCCUUGUGUGAUUUGGCUGUACAAUCAGCUAAUAGUUGAGGAGUCUGCAUUAUGUUCCUUAAAACACGAUGGGCCACUGUGCAGUUUAAAAUUACUGAAAGUUGUUCAGAAUCAGAGGGGUAUAUACAAGUGCAGAAUAGUUAACUCUGCAGGACAAGCCGAGUGCAGCACUCAUCUGAGAGUGACAGGUUGGCAACUGCAUGUUCUUUCCAAACAUAAAUUCCUCUUGCAUACCAUCAUUGCAUUCAAGUACAUUCAGCCCAUGGGAAACAUUAAAGAAAGAAAAAUAUCACUUAUCUGUGGAUUGUUGAAUGUUUGCCUCCUGGUCUUUAAGGCAUGUUAAAGGCAUGGUAAAUUACAGGCAAAAAUCAUAAAAAGUUGUAGACAAGUAUACAAUACAAAUACGUUUUGAAGCAUCUGAUCACUGUUUCGUCAAAUUUAUCAGGUGUUUGAGUUGUUUUGGCAUGUACUCAUGUAUGUGUGUGUGGAUUUUUUGUAUCAUUGCAACAGAUAUUCAUAGUUUCAACUUCACAACCCAUUAAUUGAUGCGUUAAUUGAUCACAAUAAUCUCUAUUUUAUUCUAGCUCCAGAAAAAGUUAUUCAAGAGAAGAUAGAAAAACAGAUUGAAAUGGAAGUGAAAG